UCUCUCUCUCUCUGCCUCACCCACCCGGUCACUCUGAUCACGGACUGUCAGAGACGUCGCGCUGCUGGAAAUGAGAAUGAUAAUGUCCAUUUUAUCAUUUUGAAGUUCUACUGGAGAAGGAUUACAAAGAUGCUGCUGUUUGCUUUACUUGUUUGUUUCAGCCCGAACGUACUGGGACAACUGGAGGAAUCCCAGUUCGGAGAUGAGAUCGAUAUCGACCUUGCAGAUUUUGAUUUAGACAUUGCUCCACGCAGGGUCCCACGGCAGGUGAAAACCAUUCUCAGCAAGGAGACUAAACCUCACAUCCAGGAGCUCUCCAUCAAGACCACCAUCAUCUCGCGCUACGCCUUCACAGCGGUGUACUGCGCCAUGCUGAACCGGCACACCGCCGACAGAGGCGUCUUCCAGUUUCAGAUCCCCAGCGGAGCUUACGUCUCCAACUUCACCAUGAUCAUCGGGGGGCGGGUCUACCAGAGCGAGGUCAAGCCGAAGGAAAAGAGGGUCAAACAGGAGAGCGGAAAAGCCAAGAACAAAGAGGCAGGUGAUGCAAGUCCCGUGCAGGAGGCGGAGGUGUUCAAGAUGGCCGCCAACAUCCCCGGGAGAAACCGGGCCAUCUUCCUCCUGACCUAUGAGGAGCUCCUGGAGCGCCGUCUGGGGCGCUACGAGCACGUGACCAGCCUGCGGCCGCUGCAGCUGGUCAGCCGCCUGAGCCUGGACGUCACCAUCGUCGACCACUCGCCAAUCACCGACCUGCAGGUGCUGCCACUCCGCAACGGGAGGACCAGCAGUGGAGCCAACACUAAACUGAAGACACCAGCCAAGCCGGAGCCUCCCGUCACCACCAUGAUCAAAAAAGAAAAGAACGUCUGCAAAAUCACCUUCAGCCCCAACAUCGUGCAGCAGGCCAAGAUCACCACCAACGGCCUCCUGGGAGAGUUUGUGAUCCGCUAUGACGUGCAGAGGGACAUGGGGAUAGGAGACAUCCAGGUUCUAAACGGACAUUUUGUCCACUACUUUGCCCCCAAAGACCUUCCCGUUGUUCCCAAGAAUGUGGUGUUUGUGAUCGACACCAGCGCCUCCAUGCUGGGGACAAAGAUCAGACAGACCAAAGACGCUCUGUUCACCAUCCUGAGGGAUCUGCGACCAGGCGACCGCUUUAACUUCAUCAGCUUCUCCAAUAAGAUCAAAGUUUGGCAGCCGAAUCGUCUGGUGCCGGUGACGCCUCUUAAUGUCAGGGAUGCUAAAAAGUUUAUCUACACACUGGCAACCACUGGAGGCACAAACAUCGACGGCGGCAUCCAGACGGGAUCAUCUCUCCUACGUGAGUAUCUCUCGGGACCUGACGCCAGCCCGAACAGCGUCUCCCUCCUCAUCUUCCUGACCGACGGUCGGCCCACGGUCGGGGAGGUCCAAUCCGCGGCGAUCCUGGGGAAUACUCGCACGGCGGUUCAGGAGAAGUUCUGCAUCUUCACCAUCGGGCUCGGGAACGAUGUCGACUACCGGCUGCUGGAGCGCAUGAGUUUGGAAAACUGUGGGAUGAUGAGACGCAUCAGCGAGGAUGCCGACGCGGGCGCCAUGCUCAAAGGGUUCUACGAUGAGAUAGGAACUCCUCUGCUGUCUGACAUUAGGAUCAACUACACCCAAGACUCGGUCCAGUACGUCACUCAGCAGCUGUUCACCAACUACUUCAACGGCUCGGAGAUCGUCAUCGCCGGCAAGUUGACCAACCAAAGUGCGGAAUCGCUGCACGUCCAGGUGACGGCGAGCAACAACGACAGAAACAUCAUUCUGGAGACCGACGUUCCUCUGCGGCAACGACAGAUAGAGACCGAGAAGCAUGUGCAGGCCGCGACGGUAGCGAUGGCGGAGGGAGCCAAGCUCCUGGGUUCGAUAACCGAUGACUUUGUGGAGCGUGUGUGGGGUUUCCUGAGCGUGAAGGAAGGGCUGCGGUCAAGGCUGCGGAGCCAAACCAGCAAGGAGAGAGAGGAGCACAUCCAGCAGGCCACUAAUUUGUCGCUGACCUACCACUUCCUCAGUCCGGUCACCAACCUGGUCGUGGAGAAGCCCGAGGUCCUUGCCGACAACACAAUGGCCCCGACACCGACCAUCGCCCCGGCACCCACCAUCGCCCCAGGAGCGGGUGAGACUAUGUCAGCUGACAACGACCUGCCAGGUGAUACAGAGGAUGGGAAACCAGGCAGACCGACUUCAUCUGUGAGCAACAGCAUCGGUAAAGUUCAGAGGAGACCAGCCAAGAAGUCGAUCACCGUCUCAAAAACAUCAGCGGAUGGAGACCCUCAUUUUGUGGUGGAGUUCCCGCUCAGUAAACUGACCGUUUGCUUCAACAUCAACGGAGAACCGGGACAUGUCCUUCGCCUCGUCUCUGACCACAAGUACUCAGGUGUGACGGUCAACGGCAAACUGAUCGGCGCCCCAGCUCCGCCGGGCAGCCACAAGCAGCAGCGCACGUACUUCAGCACCAUCACCAUCGUGGUGGAUCGUCCCAAGCGCGCCUACAUCGAAGUGACGCCGAAGAAGGUCAUCCUGGACGGGCGGGACAGGAUGGUGCUGCCGUGUCACUCCACGGUCUCGGUGGACAGCGGCGUCCUGUCCGUGUCCAUCACGGGGAAGUCCAACGUGACGGUGACGGUCGGCGGGAACAUCAGCUUCGUCAUUUUGCUGCAUCAGUACAAAAACCCCGCCCCCUAUCAGAGAGACCACCUGGGCUUCUACAUCGGGCAGAGCAAGGGGCUGUCGCACAGCUGCCACGGCCUGCUGGGUCAGUUCCUGUACGAGGAAGUGGGCGUGGCCGAGCUCCCCGCAGACGGCGACGCCAAGCCCUCGUCCGUCCUGAAGGUGAAGGAUCGCGCCGUGCCCGUGGUUCAGAAGAGCCGGAGGAUCUACAGCGGGACUCAGAGCGUGGACUGCUGGUUCGCGCGCAACAACGCCGCCAAGCUGAUCGACGGACAGUACGAGGACUAUUUGAUGUCGCACAUGUUCGACACGGGCGACUGGCCGCACGGGACGAACAGAGUGUGAGACUGUAUGCUCACUCAAUUUAAUAAAAAAAA